GCGGGCGCGGAGCGGCGCGGGACGGCGGCGCGGGGUGCCGGGAGCCAUGGGCUAUUGCAGCGGCCGCUGCACGCUGGUGGCGGUGUGCGGCGCGCAGCUGAAGAUAUCAUCACACAAUGAUUUGUUUCACUGAAGGAUUUCAGCCUGUCACCAGUGAAGCCUAUGAAGAGAUUUUGAAGAAAUGGCACCUGAAGUUGGGAAUGGACCUAAACGUUUCUGUGCUCGAGAGGCAGAUAUUUGACUUCCUUGGUUAUCAGUGGGCACCCAUCUUGGCAAAUUUUAUACACAUUAUUGUAGUCAUACUUGGCUUAUUUGGAACCAUCCAGUAUAGACCUCGUUACAUAACAGGAUAUGCUGUCUGGCUGAUCCUUUGGGUUACAUGGAAUGUGUUUGUUAUCUGCUUCUACUUGGAGGCUGGGGACCUUUCAAAGGAAACAGAUCUCAUUCUGACCUUUAAUAUCUCAAUGCAUCGUUCAUGGUGGAUGGAGAAUGGGCCAGGCUGCACUGUGACUUCAGUAACUCCAGCUCCAGACUGGGCACCAGAGGAUCAUCGCUAUAUCACUGUCUCGGGGUGUUUUCUUGAGUAUCAGUACAUAGAAGUGGCUCACAGUUCUCUUCAGAUCUUCCUUGCACUGGCGGGCUUCAUCUAUGCCUGUUAUGUUGUGAAAUGUAUUACUGAAGAAGAGGACAGCUUUGAUUUCAUAGGUGGCUUUGACUCUUACGGCUAUCAAGGCCCACAGAAGACAUCUCAUCUACAGCUACAGCCCAUGUAUAUGUCAAAGUAACAUGGAGACUACUCAAGGUGGGCUGGAGGACCUGUCAAAGAAACUGUUUUGGGACUGCCCCUUGGUUCUUCAAAGAGCAAAAAAAAUCCAUUUUUUGUGCUAAAAAAUAAAUAAAAAAUAAAAAAGGCUGAUUGAACAAUGAGACAAAACACAACAGACACAUUCAGCCCUCUUUCUAACAGGUACUAAUGAGAUGCCCCAGACCCUUACUUUGGACCUCCUGCCUCCCAGCACCAGAGGGCCAGAGCAGAUGCACUACUCUCUGGCUUCUCCGUACCCCAGCCACCAUCAGAGGGGGCCAUGUGGAUUAAGACAUGAAGCCAGCCAAUUUGGUGCUUUUGGAGCCCCCUCCACACUCCUGGCUACAUCAAGUCUCCGUAGUCAACAUAAAACUAAAAAUACCAGGAUGACCUUGCAACAGAAGUCAAUAGACAGCAUGUUGUUUGCCCUGAAGGCUGUACAGUUCAUACUUGCCUUAACCCAACUGCAUUGCACAUCAGAGAAACUCAGUGCAAGCUUUCUGAAGUAACGUCCUUUAGGCUCAACACGCUGCUGUUAAUUCUGAACAAUUUCUAAGUCAGUGGUUUUCUUUGUUUUGUUUUGUUUUGUUUUCAUGUCAGGGAAUAAGGCUCUGUUGCUCCAUGGCUCCAGAGUGACCAAGUAGAAAACUGCCAGCUAUCAGAAAAGUGCUUUACUUUUGAGGCUCCACAGUGGUCAAGAAACAUGCAAUUUAUAAUGGUUAAAGAAAAAAAAAAAAAAAAAAAAAAAAAAGGAAGAAAGAAAUGAGAUCUUUUGGCGGGUCAGGGUGGGGAAAGGGG